GGAUCCCGCGCGAUCUGCCGCUUCAGCGGCCCGUCGAAGAAAUGACGAACUUGGUGCCAGGAGUGGGCGGGAAAGCCCGCCAGGAUUCGUCGCCGCGCAUGUACGACGACGGGUCUCUCGAGAACGCGGCGUUGCACUGCUGCAGGGUCGAGACACCGGAAGAGAGGCGAACGUCGUCGGAGAGCUUGGCCUGCUCGACAGGGGAGCACGACGAGUGGGCAAUCGAAGACGUCGCCGUCUCCGUGAAAGGCUGGCCUUCCGCGUCACCGGCCGACGCGGCGGCGGCGGUGGCUGAUUCAGCUGCCGGACGUGAAUCAGCCGAGCGGCGCCGCCGGAACUCGGGGAGCCUGAGCGGCGUUUUCGAAGACGCCGCCAAGCAAGCGGCGCCGGUCGCCGCCGCUGCCGGCGUCAACGGAACGUCGGUGUCUCCUAACGCUGCCGCGCCUGAUGUCCCCACGGCGUCGACGGUGAGCUUCUCGGAGACUCCUGACAGGGAAGAGAACGCCGAAUCCGAGACGGAGAAAGCGGAAGCGUGGCUGCCCACAGACCCCACCCAAUGGGACGGCAACGACAUCUGCGUAUGGCUGUGCUUUAUGAGCGACAACCUCGGGCUGCCGGCGCUGGACGCCGCCAAGUUCCCGGACAAUGGCGCAGCACUGUGCGCGCUUACACCGGAGCAGUUCCUCGAGAGGACGGAUGCUCGCUCGGCCAAAAUACUCAACGACUUCUUGGUUUUAAGAAAGAGGGGUUUCAGCGCUCAGUCACUCACGGCCUCGAGCAAAGUCGAGGCACAAUCCCCCCCGAGGUCUUCGACACCUGAUUCUUUUCAAAUGUUUCGGGCUGCUAGCGCGCGGUUCUCGUCACAAGGCAGCGGCCAGAUCCAGCUGUGGCAAUUCCUGCUCGAGCUCCUCUCGGACAGCAACAACGCCAACUGCAUCACCUGGGAAGGUAGCAACGGCGAGUUCAAGCUCAUCGACCCGGACGAAGUGGCCCGGCGCUGGGGCGAGCGCAAGAGCAAGCCCAACAUGAACUACGACAAGCUGAGCCGCGCGCUACGCUACUACUACGACAAGAACAUCAUGACCAAGGUGCACGGCAAGCGCUACGCCUACAAGUUCGACUUCCACGGCCUGACGCAGGCGCAGCAGCCGCCUACCCCCGAGUCGUCAGCCGCGUAUCGCCUGCAGACCGAGCUGUUACUACCUCACUACCGGAGCAACUACAUCGGCGCCCACCAGCCGUCGCCAAUGGGGCUGCCUCCGUCAGCCGCGGCUGCAGCCGCCGCCGUGCGUAGUCCUUACUGGACGCCGAGUGCCACGGGAGCCUGCAACCUGUACCCCAACCUGUCGGGACACUCGCUCACGCACGCUGGACACAGAGCCAACGGCCUGAGUCACUAUUACACAUGACUCUGGUGCUGAGAUCGUAGCGGCGACCGCCUGGUGUCGCACCACCAUUGACACUUGCCCAUUAGUCGUGAACUGCGAAUUGUGAGAGACUAUAUAGGCACGAAUGGAACGAACACAUUGGACUCCGUAGAAUCGGCGCAGAAUGGGGAUCCACGUCCUGUGUUCCAAUUUAUUUCGGUGCAUUUUUCGCAAACGUGUUUUCAUGGGUGCAGCGUCGGACCUACGAACGUUGUUUGAUUUUGUGCUUUGCAACAAACCCGUGACGAACGCCCUGAUAAGUGUGAGUAGAAUGUUGUGCGAAAGUAAUCAACGCUUGCGGUAAUCUGCUGGGUUUGUUGUCUCCUGCAGGCAAGAAAGGAACCCAAGUUUGUGACCUGUCGCUAGAGUUGUUUUUCGUUGAUACGCACAGUGGACAAAGUACAAGUACCGGAAUGUCUAUGCGCGUGCAAGAGCUCCGGGUGCCUGCAGUCACUACGAAAGUCUUGACGAAACUGUCGUUUUGCAUAGUGAUUAAUAGGGGAUGAUAGGCUGAAGGGUCAAUUUUCGAACCGGUUAACCGAUUUUAAUAAAAUUUUGUGGAAUGAUUUAUUUUUUGUUAUGAGAAUAUAUUUUAAAUUUCAUCACCCUGACGCAAAUAGACAAAAUAUGGGCAUUAUAUUGGGCACUUGAGUGCUAGCUUAGAAAACUAUCAUUUCAAAAAUAAGAGAUAGCUUCCCUGUUUUCGGAUAGAUAAAUGAUAAAAACAGCCACUUGAUUUUUUUUAUGCCAUUUCUGUAAAAAAAAUCCGGUCACUUGGAAACCAAGUUUGUUUUCAGUGUAAUCAUCAUAUGUGAACUAUCUGACAUUUUUAUUGUGGUAGAAGAAACUUAGAACCUAAAAAGUACAUUAUCUUAUUCCUGACAAAAUUUCCCUUCAUAAACCUCUAUGAAGCCAGGUUUUGGCAAAGCAGGUUGAAAACAAUAGUUUUCCUGGAGGUGUAGUUUGGUAAGAAAGUGCGAACAGAGAAAUAUCAGUUGAAAGAUUACAGCACACGCUACACUAAUUUAUUUUAUUUAAGUUGUGCUUUCUUCAGCACAGCGCUACUCGGCAGCGAUCGCUUCAAGCCGCUUUUUCCUUCUAAAUUUGGAGCUGUCGAGCGCCCUUGUCUGUGCUCGUGAAAUGCGACCUUAGUUGCUUGCUGGACAUGCUUCCUUGUAUGGACUCCAUAAUCUAGCUCCAGCUUCGCGGGCACUUUCGAUAUGCUGCAUGCACCCUCAUUGACCUGUAGAACUGCCAAGGGUGCUGCAGUUUGUGCUGUUCUCAGGGAUGCCAACUCCGUCUUCGGCCACCUGUUCCACAAAAACGCAUUGAAUGAUUCACUCGCGUACUGCAUCUGCCUCGUCUAACAUCGUUCAAGCAGCUCUCACUUGCUAAGCCAGAUCUCCUUGUCUGGCCGAGGACAGACAGGGAUGAGUUAAGGAGACGAGCAUGUAGGGACAAGAGUUCUACUAGAGGCUGGACGAUGGGUUCUUGGCACCGUCGGCUUGCCGGCAUCAACCAGUAUUGCUCUGCAAGUCAUUCCAGAGUCGCCGUGGCAGAAAAUAUGCCAUUUUUGUUGUCUUUCCGAUAAACAGAGUUUCAAUCUCGGUUUGCCACUCAAUUCCUGCUAGCCACAACCCAAACUAUUACGUUUUUCUGACAUUUUUUCUGCACGUUAUGAUACAGCUUCGAUACGUCCCUUAUCGCUAAAAGCCACUAAGAACCCUCUUUCGAAGAGUGCACUCAUUCUGCGUCCAGGUUCUCUUGUGCUUUGCGGCCCUGUUUUGACAACAGCCUUCACGAACGCUGUCGACGGCGAGUAAGUGCCAACGUCAUGUGAAAAACGUUAAUUUUAACGCGAUAGCGUUUAGGGCCCCGUGUCGCAGAAAAUGCGGCGUCGGCAACCGGUGUGUGAUCGCGGGUGGCGGAGAAAAUCUUACAACCACAUCGACCGCGCAGGCCCUCCACGUGGUGCAAGGUUUCGGUGAACGAAAAUUGAAUUUCUCACAGUGAAAUCCGUCAGAAAAAUGGUAAAGUACGACUUUACCAUUCGGCGUCGGAUUCGCCGUUGGAUUGUU